AUGGAAGCGUCCGAGGCAGCUCCCACCACCACUGCCGCCAACGAUAAUACCACAGGCCCAUACACGCUCCGCGAGCUGAUCCGAGAUGUACCGUUGGGUGUCCAUGAGGAUGACACUCCCGCCUACAUAACCUGUGUGGACGCCUGGAGCUCAAACCUCUACAUCGGCACCUCUGCUGGCCAGGUGCUGCACUAUGUCUCGAUCCCGCCCGACCCAAGCGAUACUUCUGGCCAACCCAGCUUCAUCUUCGCCACCAAACUUGAACCGGCAUACGAAACGGAACAGGAAGGUGCAGAUCGAGGUGUGAAGAAGAUCCUGGUGCUGCCUAACGCGCAGAAGGCUUGUAUCCUCUGCAAUGGCACCUCGACAUUCUACACCCUACCAGAACUUAGUCCGGCUUUUGGUGGUAGGAUCAAGCAGGGGAAUUGUUUAUGGAUUGGUGGUAUUGAUGAGGUGGAGCAUAAUUAUGGAGGCAAUGCGGCGUAUGGGACUGUCAUUGUCAUUAGUCUGAGGACCAAACUUAGGUUGAUCAGGAUCGGGGUCGAGGCGAGGAAGAUCAGGGACAUUGAGCUUGGUGGUGUCACGGCUGUUGCGAGGAGGGAGGAUCUGGCUUGUGUGGCGAAUGGGAAGGCUUACAGUCUGCUCGACGUGGUUAAUCAGCGGAACUUUGAGCUGUUCCCUAUUUCUACUUCGAGUGUCCCAGAGUCUGCACCGGUGGAGACUGUGAGGACGAGAGAGCCUUCUCGUAGCUUUUCGUCCCGGAGUCCGGUGAGGUUGGGCCGGGGGCAUGAGAGGAAUUUCAGUCUUGAUGCCGCGCCGCCGAAGAGUGGCGAUAGGCUAAGACCUGGUAGCAGGUCGCCAUGGCCUGCGCGGCGGUCAUCGAAACCUACGGAGUCUCCUGCGCAGCCUGCCAGUCGAGAGGAAUCACCGGUCAAACCUGGAUCCGGGAAUGCUUCGGCGAGGACGAGUCUGGAGGUCCCACACGAUCCAAGUCCUGCGCCACCAGUGCCAGCAUGGAAACCUCUGCCACCCAACAUCGUGUCUCCGAGCGCCAAUGAGUUCUUGCUUACGACUGGUACGAGUCUUGCGGAGCCAGGCGUGGGCAUGUUUGUCAAUGGGGAUGGGGAUCCGUCGAGAGGAACUAUCGAGUUUAGUACUUAUCCUACGUCUUUGGUGAUCGAUGGCGCAGGUCGCCACUCCAAUCUUCCUGAUCAAGAUCAAGGUGAGAAGUAUGUCAUGGCUCUUGUUAGGAGAAGUCUUGAUGGGGAGAGUGGCCCGGCAGUAGAAGUCCAGAGAUGUGAUAUCGACAUGAGCGAGACGCUCAGUCGGAAGCAAUGGCUUGCUCUGCCUUCAAUUGCGCAGGCUGAUGUUGGGACUGUCGGGAAUGAGAUCAACGUGGGCACUGGUCUUCAACGAGCAACAAGCUCAAUACAACUUAGUGUACCAGAGAUCACGUCAUGUCUUCGCCUUCGACGACUCCCUCUCAAUACCACCACCACUGACGCCGAGAGAUCUAGCGAAGCAGAGAGCAAGCGCAAUGCAGAAGAAGAUGGUUUCACCUCGCGCCUGGCGAACGUGGAAGCUAAUAUCCUCCUCUUCCACGGCGAUCAAGUCUCCUGGGUGCUUCGCAGCGCAUUAGUCACGCAGCUGGAGCGGCAACUACAAUCUGCUGUUCAGGAAACGAGCUCUAGCGAGCUGAGUAUCGACGUGCAUACUGUACAACGAGUUAUCAACUCAAUUCGCGGACAAGAUCCUACCACCGAACUCGACUUCCUGACUCUCACCUAUAUUCGACAAAAAGCCUCACUCCUGCUUUUCGGGAACUUGGGCUUACAGACCGCCGCUGGCACCAUAGCGUACGAACAUGAUAAGCGACGGGCUGAAGUGGCAUUGAUGGAUGGCGAGAUCGACCCGAGAGUUUUACUACUGCUUGUGCCACCAUUUGUGGAUGAGGUAGAUGAGGGUGAGAGAGGAAUCUGGAUCAGCCAGGGCCUGAGGGAUACUAUCGCUUCCCUGCGAUCGCAUUGCGAUACUGAAAGCAUGGUGCAGGAUGCCAAAGGUGCAUAUGGUGAUAAUCUGCUCCAUCUUCUCAAGCGAUACUUGACUAUCUGGAGAAAGAAGAAGGGGAUGGCUAGUGUAGCUGACGAGGCACAUGUGUUCCGUUCUGUGGAUGCUGCGUUGCUGCAUGUUCUCUUGGUACUCGAUCAGGACUCGCCUCGUGGUAUCGCAGCGCUUGGCACUAUUCGAGCCGAACUGAACGAAGUGGUGGAUAAGGGCGUUGAUUGCUUCGAUCGCGCAAAAGAACUGUUCGAGCAGUUCCACCGGCUCUAUCUGCUCUCCAGACUCUAUCAGAGCAGGAAGAUGACGGCACAGGUUUUGUCGACCUGGCGGAGGGUCUUGGAGGGUGAGGUGGAUUUGGGAGGGGAAUUGGUCGAGGGCGAGCACGAUGUCAGGCGAUACCUCACAAAAUUGCGGGACGCGGCGUUGGUGCGAGAAUACGGAUCGUGGCUGGCUAACAGAAACCCGAAGCUCGGCGUGCAGGUCUUCGCUGACGAGACUGCAAAGGUCAAGUUUAGGCCCGAGGAGGCUGUAGCUAUACUCAAGGAGAACGCACCUGGGGCUGUGAAGGACUACCUUGAGCACCUCGUGUUCGGCAAGAAUCAGGGGCAGUAUGUUAACGAUCUCUUGAUUUUUUAUCUGGAUACUGUUCUCUCCGAACUCGAUCGCGAGGAUGGAGAGUCCAAGGCUACGCUCAGGCAGAGCUAUGAGACCUAUCGAGCCCUUCGUGCACCGAAGCCAACGUAUAGGCACUAUAUCACGGAUAAUGCUGUCGAGGCGGAAUGGUGGGCUAACCGUCUGAGGCUUCUGCAAUUGCUUGGUGGUAGCCAUGGAAGCGCUGCAGAGUAUGAUGUUGAUGCUCUUGACAAGAGGCUGGAACCUUAUAGUGAUGUUCUGGUCCCGGAGAUGAUAAUCUUGAACAGUCGUCGUGGUAAUCACGAAGAGGCCCUUCGUCUGCUAGCACAAGGCCUGGGCGAUUGGGACACGGCUAUUCGGUAUUGUCUCUUAGGCGGCAACGGGCUAUUUCAUACCGCAUCUCUUGGCAGUUCUCCUAUAACCAUCACGCACGAGCACCAAGCCCGCCUCUUUUCGACGUUGCUACAUGAGUUCUUCCGCAUCCCAGACUUAUCCGAACGGCUUGAGCGGACUUCGGAGCUUCUGGAAAGGUUCGGAGCGUGGUUUGAGGUCGAGGAUGUGCUUGAGAGGAUUCCGGAGGGUUGGUCGGUUCAGAUGGUGGAGGGAUUUCUUAUGCAUGCGCUUAGGAGGUUGGUGGCGGAGAAGCAUGAAUCGAAGAUUGUGAGAGGAUUGCGCGGAGCACAGAAUUUACGGGUAGUGGAUGGGUGGGGUGAGAAGGUUGAAGCGAUGAAGCCUGUUGUUGUUACGGUUGCUGGGCAAGAUGGUGAAGGCUGA